AUGCUGCUACGCGACGAGCUCUUUGCGGCGAUUCCCAAUGUCGACCAAAUCAUCCCCCUUGCACAGCUCGAGAGCCUGCCGUACCUGCGCGCCGUCGUCAAGGAGGCCCUGCGCCACGGCAUCGGCACGAGCGGCCGCCUGUCCCGCAUCGCGCCCGACGAGUCGUUUGACGUGGCCGAUCCCAACACCGGCAAGUCGUACCACAUACCGGCCGGCACCAUCGUCAGCAUGAGCCCGUACCGCACCAUCAUGGACGAGACCAUCUUCAGCGACCCGCUCGGUUUCCACCCCGAGCGCUGGCUCGCCGAGGACGAGCGGCUGGACGGGUACCUGAUCAUGUUUGGCGGCGGCACGCGCGUCUGCCUCGGCCAGGCGCUCGCGCAGGCCGAGCUGCACCUCAUGCUGGCCAAGCUCUUUCGGCGCUGGGGCAGCGCGGGCGUGGUGGGCGGAGACGAGACGGGCGACAGGCGCGAGGGUGACGUGGGUGUGUUGAAGAUUUUCGAAACGACGCCAAGAGAUUGUCAGAUGGCGUCGGAUUACUUCAUCCCAUUGCCUUACAAGGGUAGCAAGGGUUUGCGUUUUCUUUUGGAAGCAGUUUGA